UGCCUCCCUGGGGACGGGCUGAAUCCUAGUAUAUAAUGCAAGUUUUGGUCUCGGCUUCUAUAUGUUAAAAUACACUCGGGGAAAAUUCUGGGUGUUGACGGAAGAGUACCCAAUUUAAAAAUAAAUUUUUUAGUGAGACAAACGUUCGUGGUAUUUGGUCGAGCUGUGCAGAAUGUGGUUUGUUUUAAUCGGAAGCAAGUCUAAAUUAAGUACUUUUUAAAGGUCAUGGGGGUCAUUUGCUUCACAUGGAAGAGUGGUUUAGCCAGUCAGAAUUUUGUCCUGUUGUGGGGUGCGGACAUGUUUGUACAAAAACAAUAAAAGAAAGGAAUAAAUAAAAUCACAAAAAUUCUUUUACUUUCAUGUACAUAAAUAUUUUAAAAAAUUAAUAAUUUAUUGUCUCUACAUAUACAUAUGAACACUAGAUAAAUUCAAUAUCGUUUAUAGUUCCAUAUUUCUGUAAUUUUGUUUAACGAGGUUUUGAUAGCAUCAAAUCCUGCGUAUAUAUCUUUUGUACUUUUCGUUAGCGGUGUAUGUACAUUUUAUCCUUUUCUAUUUUCAGUGAUUUUUAGGGUAUUUUUCCAUACUUUUAUGUUAGCACCAUACAGAAAAGUAAGAGUACGUCCAUUACUUUGGCGACAAACGACAUUAGAAAAAUAUUUAACAACUCCAAUAUUUGGUAUUGUUGGGGCAAUUGCAUUACAUUAUAACAAUUGGAGUUUUUUUAAACAAGAGAAUAUUUAUGAUCAUGAUGGACCAGAAAAAGAUGCAAAGUGGAUGCCAUUUCGAAAACAAGAAAUAAUUCGACAUUUUAAAAUUGGGGCAUACUUUGUGACGGCUGGAACAUUAUUCUUUUUGUUAAUGAGAAUUAGAAAGAAAUUCACUGUAAUACCCAAAAAUGAUGUUAUGGUUGAAAAUUUUUUAAUUGAUGUUGGAUUUGGUGUUCCUUUAGGAGGGCUUCCUGUGGAAAUUGCUUAUUAUCUUUGGUCAAUUAAAGAUGAAGAGAAUAGAAAAAAUAUUGUUUCUGUUUAG